AAAUAUCCUUCCCUCAAAGGCCGGCAGAUUCAUUGGGGUUUUAGGGUUUUACAAAAAAAAAAAAAAAAAACGUCCGUCUCUCACUCUGACCCAAAUCGCCAAUUUUGAUGCGUUUCUCUCCAUUACUACUCUCACAGUUGAGACGGGCUCCUCCGAGAAGAGCAUCAUCAUCAGCCUCUUCGCGUUUCUUCACAGUCUCUUCUCCGAACACCCCUAACCUCUCUGAACAACAGCAAGAGCAUACGAACAAUCACCACCACAACCUCAUCAAACUCAUCGGUAACUCCGAUCUCAAUCUCUCCAACCUAAACCAAACCACCCUCCUCCGAGUCCUCAACAGCACCAAAGACGACCCGAACCUCGCUCUCUCCUUCCUCCGCCACCUCCAACAGAACCAUGUCCUGCUUAACCUCAACGCGUACGCAUCUCUCGUCAGAAUCCUCUCUCGCUGGCGUCUCGACAGGAAGCUAGACUCCGUGCUAAUCGAACUGAUCAAAAACAACAACGAGGUGGAGGAGCGUGGCUUCUCCGUGAUGGAACUGAUGGAAGCGAUUGCGGAAGGGGAAGAAGAAGAUGCCUCCUCCUCCUUCCUCCUCCUAAACCGAGUUUCCGGUUCAUUGGUUAAAACUUACUCUACUCUCGGUAUGUUCGACGAAGCCGUCGACGUAUUGUACCAAAGCAGACGCCUCGGUUACGUCCCUGGAAUCAAGCCGUGCAACUUCUUAAUGAACCGUUUAAUCGAGUCCGGUCGAACCGAUAUGGUAUUAGCUCUUUUCCGCCAGCUCGACCAGCUCGGUCUGUCCCCCAACGACUACACUUACGCCAUCGCGGUUAAGGCCUUGUGUCGAAAACGCGAUCUUGACGGAGCAGCUAGGCUGCUCGAGGAGACUACUUCGAGCGUGUUUGCUUACACGACUUUCGUCGAAGGGCUUUGUUUGAACGGGAAGACGAGGAUGGCUUUGGGUUUGGUCAAUGAACUGUCUCUGAGUGGCGACGCGCUUGGAUUCGCGUUUGGGAUGCUGGUUCGUGGAUUCUGUAAGGAGAUGGACGUGGAAGCGGCGGAGGAAGUUGUUUUUAAGAUGGAGGAGUUUGGGGUUGGUCCUGAUGUCUACGCUUGCUCUGAGAUUGUUAACGGAUACUGCAAGAGCUUGGAGUUGGAUAAAGCUUUGAGUUUUGUUGAUGCCAUGUUGAAAAAGGGAAUCAAGAUCAACUGCGUGAUCGUGAGUUCGGUUCUACAGUGCUACUGUAAGAUGGGAGCGUUGCGUAAGUCCGACGCGUUGUGGUUGGGAGCGUUGGAGAGGUUCAAAGAGUUCAAGGAGAUGGAUGUUUUCAUGGACGAGGUGUGUUACAACGCGGCGUUCGAAGCUCUGAGCAAGCUGGAGAGAGUGGAAGAAGCUGUGGAGCUGCUGGGAGAGAUGAUUGGUAGAGGAAUGGUUCCUGACGUCAUCAACUACACGACUUUGAUCGAUGGAUACUGUCUUCAAGGCAGGUUCGUUGAUGCUCUUGAUUUGUUUGAUGAGAUGAGAGCGAAGGGUACGGCUCCUGAUGUGGUCACGUACAACGUGCUUGCUGGUGGGCUCGCCAGGAAUGGUCAUAGCGAGAAGGCGCUUGAGGUUUAUAGAGAUAUGAAAACGGAGGGUGUAGAGCCCACUGCUGUCACACACAAUGUGAUCAUUAACGGUCUCUGUUCCGCGGGUAAAAUAGAAGAAGCAAGAGAGUUCUUUACAAGUCUGAGAGACAAGUGCCCAGAAAACUACGCCAGUUUGGUGAAAGGUUAUUGUGAUUCUGGCCUUCCUAAAGAUGCCUAUAGAAAAUUCGUCGAGCUAAACUCUCCUCUGCCAAAGAGUGUGUGCUUUAAACUGUUUACUGCUCUCUGCGAGGAUAAACACUGUGAGGGGAAAGCUCUAAGGGUGCUGAAAAGGAUGUGGGCUUAUGGAGUUGAACCUGCGAGGAGCAUGUACGGUAAAAUGAUAAGUAAGGUAGAUAACGUGAGGGAAGCCGAGCUGGUAUUUGACAAAAUGGUUGGGAGAGGAAACCUCCCUGAUCUUGUUACGUAUACGAUCAUGAUUCAGACGUACUGUAGGCUAAUGGAGUUGCAGAAAGCCAAUGAUCUUUUCGAGGCGAUGAAGCAGAGAGGAGUAAUACCUGAUUUGAUAGUAUACACGGUUUUGUUUCAUGGUCAUCUGAAGUUGGAUGAUAAAGAAGCAGGCUGUGUCGAAGGAAAAGCUAAACAGAUUUGGAAAGAAUUAGCAGCUGCUUGUAUAGAACCAGACGUUAAGAUGUAUACUGUUCUGAUGAAUCACCAUUGCAAGAUCGGCAACCUAGAGAUCGCCACAGACAUCCUUUAUCGGAUGAUAGAAUGUGGGCUGAAGCCUGAUAAUGUGACCUACAAUGCUCUAAUAUCUGCUUAUGAUCGCAAAGGGCACACGGAUAAAGCAGCGGAACUUGUUACCGAAUUGUCAGGAAAGGAUAUUACUCUGCCUGAACAUUUGUUUGCUAUAGUUAAGCGUGCUUUGAAGACAAAGAGAUGUCGAUAGGAAAUGAAGAGUAUACUUGAGAGAGGUCAAUCAUGAACUUGCUGAUCUCAUAAAAAAAUAGAAUUCAAAACAUUGAGAGCAGAGACUAUAUACCGGUAAGGGGGAAGUGGGGUAUUUACUGAUUAAAUUUCUUGUUUAUGUUAUUGCUAAUCGUCUAUAAAUGUCAUAGGGCAUGACUACUCUUGCUGUAUGGAAACCAGAGUCUGUGGAGAAGCCACAGAAAUAGCUGCAUGUUAUCCACAUAUAUGGCUGUAAUGGGUCUUCUUAAGGCAGAGAUGAGCUUCGGAGUAUGGAGAAGGAAGCUAAACAAAGUUGAAGAACCAGGAGCUGAGUUGGGAGGACUGGAAGCAAAUAUUCUGGAUGUACAAAUAUGUUCUCUGUUGAGUUUUGCGGAACCGCGUUUUCUAGGAUUUGCAUGGGUUAGAACCUGCGCCGUGCUCUUCAUGUUAUGUUUAUGCCAGCGAGCUUUCCCCUCAAAUGCUCAAUUUUGAGCUCCAACUGCUUGGUGUACCUUAUAUUGUUUUUUUCAAAUUUUGAGCUUUAAGAUGAUUCAUGGAUCUGUUUAGCUUAUAGCUGAAUUCAUCUCAAUGACUUCUGUUUGGAGAGU